AUUGCGCAUGCGUCGUGACCCGCAGGCGUGUAGUAUUGUGUGGAGUCAGCAGUGCUACGUUUGUUAAGACUGUAAAGAGCCGAUAGGGUUUUGGAGGUGAAUCAAGACAUUUUGCAUGUCCUAUUUUCUUAUUGCUUUUUCGUGGGAAAAACAUCGAGUGCAGCUUUGAUUGAGAAGUCCCAGCAAGUAUAAGAAUGACGAGUAACGCCCGACGGAAAGAUGAAGUGCAUGUGGCCAACGGAGGAGUGAAGCUGACCACUUGGAGCAAAGCCUUCAAGAGCAGCGCCGUGUGGGACGAAAAGGAUGAAUUUUUAGAUGUUAUUUACUGGUUUCGACAAAUCAUCGCUGUUAUCUUGGGAGUAAUAUGGGGAGUAUCGCCUCUAAAAGGAUUUUUAGGAAUUGCAAUAUUUUGUGUAAUCAACGCUGGACUUGUGUAUCUUUACUUUAGCAGCUUCCAGCAAAUAGAUGAAGAAGAGUAUGGAGGAACGUGGGAACUAACAAAAGAAGGAUUCAUGACUUCUUUUGCCCUGUUUUUGGUGGUCUGGAUAAUAUUUUAUACUGCAAUUCAUUAUGACUGAGCAAAUGAGAACCCCCCCCCCCCCAACCCUCUCCAUUCCGAAAAGAAGCACGGACAAUGAAAAUCAGUGUGAAAUGCAGAAAAUGAGGACGUUAAAAAUAUUUUUCUUUUUUUUGUACCCAACAGUAUUGCAGCAUAUUGGACUGGGAAAGAGUGAAGAACAAUUGUGUUCUGGAGUUGGCCUUUCUAGGCUGAAUUUUAGCAUCGUUUUUUUUUUUGUUUGUUUUUUUUUGUUUUUUUUUAAACGUCUAUGAACCAUAAACUUUUACAAUAAGCCAUGGAGUUUUUUAAAUAACAUAGCGUCUAACUUCAGAUUUUUGCCUACAUUUGUCCAGUUUCAUACCUGAUUAAGGAGUACUUAUUUAGGGUAUGAUUUAAUUUGAAUAUUAGUGUGAUAACUGUACAAUUUUCAUUCAAAGACUUAUUAAACUAUUAUUUCUACAUGUUAAGCUGUGA